AUGGCUACCCUCCAUUCCCUGAAGGAGGCCCUUAGGCAACAAGUCACAACUACGCCGUCAUCUUCGAAGCAGCAGUUGUCCGACACACAAUACAGCGCUGGCUUCGAUAUCUUCGCUCACGAGUCAGCAUACCAAGACUUCAUUAGUCCUCAACUAUCUCAGCUGCUAGCUCCUCUCUUCAACUCGCGUAUUCAUAUCUCGGUCCUCGAGAUUGGACCAGGCCCCAAGAGCGUGCUCGGGUAUCUACCACACAGUCUAAGACAGAAGAUCAAAAGAUACGCUGCCUUUGAGCCUAAUGGGCUGUUCGCUACAAGGGUGGAGGAAUGGCUCUGCCCUUUGGAGACAGAGUCCCCGCUUCCCGGUCUGGCAAGCCCGCCUGAUAUACAUCGAGCUCCAUUCGUUCUGAACAGCAACAUAGGGAACGGUACCAGUACCAGUACGAGUAGUAGUGACGAAAAGUUCGAUCUUGUCUUAUUUUGCCACAGCAUGUACGGCAUGAAACCCAAAGACAAGUUCAUCGAACAGGCACUGGAAAUACUUGUCGAGGAGCCCCAAGGCGGAAUGGUGGUGGUUUUUCAUCGCGACGGGACCCUGCGCCUCAACGGAUUAGUGUGCCAUCGAACAGCAUGCUUCCCUACCGGGGUUGUUCGCGUGCUAAUUGACGACGAAGAGCUGGACAACUUCGCUGCGUUCGUCGCAGGGUUUGUCAUGCAGGAUACAGAGGCUGACAGGGCAACUCAAUUCGAGUGGCGUAAAGUGUGCCGCGCCUUGGGCCAUCGUAAAGAAGCCUACCCAGACCAUCUCUUGUUCAGAUCUCCCAACGUCAUGGUGGCCUUCACCAAGCAUGCGACCACGUUGCCGCAGUUGACGGCGCAGGUCCCGUUGGUGAAGGAUAAGACGAUUAAGAACCGGGAGGCUUGCCUCCACGGCUCCGCUUCCAUUGUAAGACCCACAGAUGUCCGGCAUGUCCAGCAGUGCGUUCAAUGGGCUCGGAAGCACGAGGUCGGUCUGACCGUCGUUGGCGGAGGCCACAGCGGCCAGUGUCUAUGGCCUAACGUCGUCUCGGUCGACAUGAGUGCCUUUGACCAAAUACACAUUGUCCCGGCUGGGAAAGAUGGAGGAGAAUCUAGCUCCGAUUCCAACUCCAUGGUUGUCGUUGGGACGGGCUGCAAGGCGGGGGAUAUCGUCCGCAAAACCAUGGCGGCUGGCCUGACAGUGCCCUUGGGGGCCCGCCCAAGCGUAGGCGCAGGACUAUGGUUACAGGGCGGCAUCGGGCACCUGGCUAGGUUAUAUGGGCUCACGUGUGAUGCCAUCAUCGGUGCCGUGGUGGUCAGCGUCGACUCUGGCGAGGUUCUCUGUAUCGGCCAUGUACCAAGCCAACACUGCCCGGCCGGUGCCGUGCGCCCAAAAAAUGAAAUCGAUCUUUUAUGGGCAAUCAAAGGUGCUGGGACCAACUUUGGUAUCGUAGUCAGUGUUACCUUCAAGGCAUACGUGGCUCCAGUCCACUUGGUUCGAAACUGGGUUCUCCCGCUGAAUGACAACCUCGAGGCGCAGCGCAAGCUGAACAAUGUUGAUAAUCUCAUCGCCAGCAAACUCCCGGGGAACUGUUCUGCAGAUGCGUACCUGUACUGGGAAUUCGGCAAGCUGCGUCUUGGCGUGACCAUGUUCGAGGCUUCCACGACUAGGCUUAUCUCGGAUACGUCCACACCCACGCCCGCGCCUGUGGACGUAGACACAAUAUUGGGAGGGGAAGGCAAAUUCGAUGUCGUGGAUGGCGUCGGUUUGUUCGAGGCUGAGAUGUACAUGUCCCAGAUGCACGGCGGGCACGGCGGCUGCAAAACCUCUGCGUUCAAGCGAUGUAUUUUCUUAGAAAGUAUUGGAGCAGUAAACAUCGCCGAUAUCUUAAUGACGGCCGUUGAGACUCGUCCCACGCCAUUCUGCUAUCUCCAUCUGCUACACGGCGGCGGUGCAGUCAGUGACGUGGCGGCCGAUGCCACUGCUUUCGGUUGUCGAGACUGGGACUACGCCUGCGUGAUAACUGGUGUGUGGCCCCGCGACCAAGAUGGGACUGAGAUCGCCCAUGCUGCUGAGCGGUGGGUAUACAAAGUCGCCAGGGAUUUGUUGCCCCUGAGUAGCGGAGUUUACGGCGCAGACCUCGGGCCAGACCCCAGAGACGACAUCCUGGCGACUAAGGCUUUUGGCCCAAACCGGCCGCGCCUGGCCCGUCUCAAGCACUGUUCGGACCCGCAUAAUGUGCUGGCUUACGCCUGCCCGCUCCCAAAAGUGCCGAUGAAACAAAGACUCAUCAUUCUUGUCACCGGCGACAGUUGCGCUGGCAAGGACUAUUGUGCCGACAUCUGGGUUUCCGAGUUCCUCGCAUUCAACCAGAAGAACCUCACGGCACGCGCGGUUAGCAUUAGCGAUGCGACUAAGCGAGAGUACGCGACGGCCACUGGUGCCGAUCUGACCUGUCUGCUUUCGGACCGACCUCGGCUGCCAGAGGAGCAUUUCCUGAAUGUGGUGGACAGCGCUACAGAUGUAGACGUGCUGCUAAUCACCGGCAUGAGAGAUGAGGCGCCGGUGGCAACCUUUUCGCAUCUGGUGCCAGACGUCAGGUUGCUCGAAGUUUGCAUUCAAGCUAGCGAAGAGACGCGGCAGGCUCGCGGAGGGUGCCACGGCGGUGAUGACGAUGGUAACGAAAACAAGAAUAGCGCCAAUGGCAAGUCGAAUCUGACGGCCCUGGACUACCGCCCCGAUCUCAUCUUCCACAAUGAUACGACCGGAGAGAAGGCGGCAAAAAAGUUUGCCGAACACUACCUGCUUCCCUUCUGCCACGAGGACCUGCAACGACUGGCCAAUAUGGUGCGCCAGGUGCCCGACUUUCCACGCUCGGGCAUUGAGUUCCGCCAUGUGCUCGACAUUUCCCAGCAGCCAGGUGGGUUGUCUCUCUGCGCAUCUCUGCUGCAGUCUCACUUUGCCAGUGAUUGGGCCAAAGUCGAUGUUGUAGCGUCUUGCGAGGCCGGUGGCUUUGUCUAUGCGUCCGCGUUAGCCUCGCGGGUUAAUGUACCCUUGGCACUUAUUCGCGACGAGGGUAAGCUUCCCCCACCCACUAUUUCUGCUGCCAAGUCACCAUCGCAUGUCUCGGCUUCAUCAUCCAACGGUGUGAGCGAGAAGGGGUUCGAGAUGGCUCGGGAUUUGAUCCCCCGAGACGCGUCAGUGGUGGUAGUGGACGAUGUGCUUGCCACGGGGAACACACUAUGCGCGGUGCUGCAGCUCUUAAAUAAAGCUGGCAUCAGUACAAAGAAUAUUACCGUUAUGGUGGUGGCUGAAUUCCCUGUUCACCGGGGCCGAGGACUUUUGCGGCAGCUUGGCUUUGGCGGAGUCAAUAUUCAAAGCCUUCUGGUCUUUGAUGGUGCCUAAU